AUCAUCCUCGAGGAGCCUCGCCAUCUAUCUCCACCAGUGCGCGUCUGAAGUGCACCGGUGUCCUAUUCUGGAAGCUACUUUCCGUUAUGUAUCCAAGAUAUAUCCAACUAUAGCGCUAUCAGAGUGACUCACCAGGGAUGUAGUCUAGCCCAUGGGUGCCGUUAUAACUCUAGUAACAUUUUGGCAUUGGCUCAAAGUUUUUUUUUUUAUAUAUAUAUAUAUGGGCGGCUGGACAUUGGGCAACACAAGCCAGGUCGACAAAGUUACCUAAAUGAAAAUGUCCUCGACUCUCAGCUCCCCAUCGCCGAACAACAGCAACCUUUUCACCGCGAGCUACGAGAGGACGGACCUCACGGAGGCGCAAAGACAGAUGAGCCUGCUUCUGUUCGGUUUGUGCGUCGCCAUCGCCGCUCUUACCUUCUUGGGAAGUGUAUAUUCUCUAUUCUUUUUCAUUCGGAUGAGGUGGAAAACCAUCCUGUGGCUCAUCGUGGCUUCAAUGUCCGUGGACGACCUGCUCAGCGUGAUACCCCUCUCCCUCUUCAUGCUCCUCCAGUGGGAGCGAGAUGGAGAGGGAGGGUCGGUGACCAUAUGCACGUUAUCGGGACUUCUCUAUGUGUUCCAAGGACUCUCCAGCAAUAUGAAGGCUUGCCUUAUCGCAGCCUAUACCUUUUACGUUACCAAGCGAGAAGGAAGCCCUCGGCCGUUAAGGGUGAUGUUGGCGAUAGCAGGGGUGUGGGUAGUCAGCCUGGCCGUCAGUGUACUACCCCUGUGCGGAUGGGGGACUUUCACUCGGCUCUCUCUCGGCUGCUUCCCGGAGAGACGAGGCUUUUACCUUCUGAUCCUUUUCUCUUUGUACUCCGUUUGUUUCUGCGGAUUGGUGAUCUUCUUCGUUCCUCUCACCUACCAGCUUCUGUGUUCCAGAGAGCCACAGGGGACGUUAUACCCGAGCUACUUGGAUAUAGCCAGGGAUCUGAGAGGGGACGGGUCUGCGCCUCUCUGCGAACUCCCGUCCUUCUCUCGGGAUAGCUUGGACAGAAGUUUCAGUACCAACGAGCUGAGUCCGGGUGGGUUGGGGAAAGGGUUAGGGGUGCGGGACAAAGUGGAAACAUAUACCUGUUCAAACCCUGCCUCUGACGAUGUACUGAGGGAUGGCGGUACCAUCAGUAACUGGGAAUCCCCGGUGUUCUUUGCACAAAAGCGCUUCUCCAUGAUCCUAGCGGUGGUGAGAGUUGUCUUGUGGAUGCCUAUGAUGACUCUGGUGCUCGUGCGUCAUGCUGUAAACGCCAGCAGCUCAGACCUGGAGGCGGUGGAAACGGUGAGCUUCUUCCUGACCCUGCUGGCGCCUGCCGUCACGCCGGUAUUCAUACUCUCCGAUCGCUGGAUCCACCUUCCGUGCGGCUGCUUCAUCAACUGCCCGCGGGACACAGAGCGUGAGCCCACCGCAAAGAAGAGGUUUGAAUUUAACCUCUCCUUCCAUAAAGGGUUCGGAAUAUACAAGAUAUCGCACGAGACCAAACCCCACCGAAACCCGUCCAUCGAGAAGCCUUCCUAUUACAACUUCUUCAACUGCGACUUCACCGAAAACCAGUUUGCCGUGCUGGACAGCUCCGGGGUCGCGAUGCGUGAACAUGGCGAGCUGCUUCUCGAGGUAGUGCCAGGUGGAGGAGAGACCCUGGCGCUGGCAGACUGCCUCCAAUUUCCUCACGAUAACCACAGAGACCAGGACCUCAACCUCACCGACACGUCGUCGGUGUUCGGGGGAACGGAACGGAGACUGUCGCAUGUAGAGUGCAGAAAAAUGGAGCUGAUGGACUGGGAGUGGUGUAGGAGUAAAUCCGAGAGGACCCCCAGACAGAGAUCUGGGGGCGGUCUGGCCCUCCCUCUGUGUGCCUUCCAGGGCACCGUCUCCCUGCAUGCCCCCACAGGGAAGACCCUCUCCCUCUCCACCUACGAGGUCAGCAGCGACGGCCUCACCAUCUCCCCCCACGCCACCAAGAAGGUGGAGGUCUACCGCUCGAAGUCUGUAGGCCACGAGCCCAGUGCAGACGACCCCACCACCGUGGGCCCGGCCGGGGGAGUGGGGACGGAGGUGGAGGUGGGAAUGCGGGACACCAAUGUGAAGAUCCACCUGGAGGUGUUGGAGAUCUGUGACAACGAGGAGGCCACGGACAGCGUGUCCAUCAUCUCGAACAUCAGCCAGUCGUCCACCCACGCCCGCUCCCCGUCGCUGCGCUAUUCUCGGAAGGAGAACCGCUUUGUCUCCUGUGACCUGGGGGAGACAGCCUCCUACUCACUGCUCAUCCCCAACAGUGGCAACCCCGAGGUGGACAACUUCAACAUCAACAUCCCUGACACGGUGGAGGCCCACCGGCAGAACAGUCGCAGGCAGAAACAGGAGACGGGAGGCUACCGCGAGGAGAUACAGCUGCUCAACGAAGCCUACAGGAAGCAGGAAGAGGACAGAGAAGACUGAUACACACAGGAAGCAGGAAGAGACAGAGAAGGCUGAUAAACACACAGGAAGAAGGAAGUGGACAGAGAAGUCUGAUACAUACACAGGAAGCGGGAAGAGACAGAGAAGGCUGAUAAACACACAGGAAGCAGGAAGUGGACAGAGAAGUCUGAUACACACAGGGAGACAAUGAGUGGACAUAGAAUACCGAUGAGCACACAAAGGAUGCAGACUGGGAAUGCAUAACUAUAUGUUUUAAUUAUGUAUUUUGACUAAACAUUAGCUGCCACUGCCUAAGACUGCUGGGACACUUAUCCUGUGUCCAUUCUGUGAUCUAGAGGUCCAUUAUGUAUAGAUGUGAUGAGGUGAGGUGGAGAGAAGUGGAUGCAGGAAUAAGGGAUGAGAUGAGAGGGAGAGAAGGUGAUGCAGGACUAAGGGAUGAGGUGAGGUAUAGAGAAGGUAAAGCUGCAGGACUAAGGGAUGAGAUGGAGAGAAGGUGAUGCUGCAGGACUAAGGGAUGAGAUUUAGAGAAGGUGAUGCUGCAGGACUAAGGGAUGAGGUGGAGAGAAGGUGAUGCAGGACUAAGGGAUGAGGUGAGGUGGAGAGAAGGUGAUGCAGGACUAAGGGAUGAGGUGAGGUGGAGAGAAGGUGAUGCUGCAGGACUAAGGGAUGAGGUGGAGAGAAGGUGAUGCAGGACUAAGGGGUGCGAUGGAGAGAAUGUGAUGCUGCAGGACUAAGGGAUGAGGUGGAGAGAAGGUGAUGCUGCAGGACUAAGGGAAGAGGUGGAGAGAAGGUGAUGCUGCAGGACUAAGGGAUGAGGUGGAGAGAAGGUGAUUCUGCAGGACUAAGGGAUGAGGUGAGGUAUAGAGAAGGUAAAGCUGCAGGACUAAGGGAUGAGGUGGAGAGAAGGUGAUUCUGCAGGACUAAGGGAUGAGGUGAGGUAUAGAGAAGGUAAAGCUGCAGGACUAAGGGAUGAGAUGGAGAGAAGGUGAUGCUGCAGGACUAAGGGAUGAGAUUUAGAGAAGGUGAUGCUGCAGGACUAAGGGAUGAGGUGGAGAGAAGGUGAUGCAGGACUAAGGGAUGAGGUGAGGUGGAGAGAAGGUGAUGCAGGACUAAGGGAUGAGGUGAGGUGGAGAGAAGGUGAUGCUGCAGGACUAAGGGAUGAGGUGGAGAGAAGGUGAUGCUGCAGGACUAAGGGAUGAGAUUUAGAGAAGGUGAUGCUGCAGGACUAAGGGAUGAGGUGGAGAGAAGGUGAUGCAGGACUAAGGGAUGAGGUGAGGUGGAGAGAAGGUGAUGCUGCAGGACUAAGGUAUAAGGUGGAGAGAAGGUGAUGCAGGACUAAGGGAUGAGGUGGAGAGAAGGUGAUGCUGCAGGACUAAGGGAUGAGGUGGAGAGAAGGUGAUGCAGGACUAAGGGAUGAGGUGGAGAGAAGGUGAUGCAGGACUAAGGGAUGAGGUGGAGAGAAGGUGAUGCAGGACUAAGGGAUGAGGUGGAGAGAAGGUGAUGCAGGACUAAGGGAUGAGGUGGAGAGAAGGUGAUGCAGGACUAAGGGAUGAGGUGGAGAGAAGGUGAUGGUGCAGGACUAAGGGAUGAGGUGGAGAGAAGGUGAUGGUGCAGGACUAAGGGAUGAGGUGGAGAGAAGGUGAUGGUGCAGGACUAAGGGAUGAGGUGGAGAGAAGGUGAUGGUGCAGGACUAAGGGAUGAGGUGGAGAGAAGGUGAUGCAGGACUAAGGGAUGAGGUGGAGAGAAGGUGAUGCUGCAGGACUAAAGGUUAGCAGCACAAUAAAAGAGUGAAGACUGAAAGGGAGUGCAGAGAGAAAGGAUGGAGAGAAGAUUACCCAUGUUAGUAUUCCUUCCAGGGUCUCCAACAUAUGGCUGCCAAUGGGUAUGGCCCUCACCAAUAAGUAAACAUGGAGACUACCAGCCCCUGUGUCUGAGUCAUCCCAUUGUGUGUGUGUGUUACAUACAGAUCAGUGUGUCUGUACUCUUAAUAUAAUCUGCUGAAAGCCUGGACUCAGAAUAGAUAAUUUACCUAUCAUUUACCUACCUGCUGUGAGACAAAGAGAGAGAGAGGUAGAGAGAGAGGUAGAGAGAGAGGUAGAGAGAGAGAGAGGUAGAGAGGGAGGGAAAGAGAGAGAGGUAGAGAGAGAGAGAGAGAGAGAGAGAGAGGUAGAGAGAGAG